AUGGAGCGGGGAACCGAUCAUGAGGCGCCAGAUACAAAGGCGGAGGAGGUUCCGCCCGUCAACUCUGAAGCUGUCCUCCCCGAUGCCAGCCACGCCACAUUUGGUGCAAAGUUGGCCCGUCACAAGUGGGCCAUCGCUGCAAUGGUUUCAGUCCUCACAGCUGCUCUGGUCACUGGCUUGGCCGUCGGGCUGACCAGGGGCCAUGGGUCAGCCGGUUUGGCACAUAUCGGGACGGCUAUGGGCCUUGCCGUUCCAGUGCCCGCUUGGCGCAUUCAGUCGACAGCCCAAGCCGGCAAUGACCUCUCGGCGUUGUCCAAGUCCGGGGCGGAUGUCUCUUCGUGGUACCAGAUUGACGCGUCAAAAUGCACGGUUAUGGCGUGCCUCAUCCAGGCCGGCGUCUACAACGAUACUGACUUGUUCUUCUCCGACAACCUCAAGAAGGUCGACGCAAGUCGCUUCGCCGUGCCCUGGAUCUACCGCCAAGAGUUCGCACUGGAUGCUGCCGCCGUCGCUUCAGGCAGCGGCAAUCACUUUUUCCUGCAGACCCAAGGCAUUACGUCCAAGGGGGAUGUCUGGUUCAAUGGCAAUAAGUUGGCCGAUAAGACGGAACACGCCGGCUCGUAUGUCGGGAAGCGAUUCGACAUCACAAAUCUUGUUGGGACCAACAACGUGCUCGCCAUCAAGGUGUACCCUACCAACUACAACUACGAUUUUGCCCUUGGCUUUGUCGACUGGAAUCCUUACCCUGCCGACAACGGGACGGGCGUAUGGCGCGAUGUGACGGUUCACCAAACACGCGGUUCCUCAAUCACCGACUACCGACUCGUCACUGGCAUGGCUUCACCAUCUGGCCAAGGCGGCGGUAAUGUCACGCUGAAGGCAAUUGUCACAAACCUUGAGAACCAGCGAGCCACGAUUGACGUUCAAGGGCUCGUGACAUGCAAUUCCUCCAGUGGAAACAAAUACGAGGGUCAACAAAGCCUCGAUAUUGGCCCUCUUGAGUCGCGCGAAGUUGCUCUGACCAUUCCCGUUCAGGAUGCGCGGAUCUGGUGGCCAAAGAUCUGGGGCGAACAGCCUUUGUAUUCCGCCCGCCUCAGUGUGUCGAUGAACGGCGAACUCGCAGAUUCAUCCGAGCGUACUUUCGGAUUCCGCACCGUCACUUCGCAGGUCAACAAAUACAACGAUACCAUCUUCUUCGUCAAUGGUCAGCCGUUUCAGGUAGUGGGUGGAGGAUACAGCGCCGACAUGUUCCUGCGCUGGGACCCGGCCAAGUUUGAGGCUCAGGCGCGGUACAUGCUCGAUCUUGGUCACAAUACAGUGCGACUCGAGGGCAAGCAAGAGCACCCGGAGCUGUAUGACAUUGCCGACCGGCUAGGCCUCAUGGUCAUGGCUGGCUGGGAAUGCUGCGAUAAAUGGGAGGCAUGGAGCUACAAUCAAGACCUUGCAAUCCAGCCGCCACCGGUUUAUAGCGAUGCCGACUACGAUAUCGCCGCAGCCAGCAUGCGUCAUGAGGCUAUGAUGAUGCAGAGCCAUCCCAGCAUGCUAACCUUCCUGGUUGGUAGUGAUUACUGGCCUGAUGAUACAGCAACCAAACUCUACGUUGAUGCUUUCAAGGCCGCAGACUGGCAAAUGCCUAUCAUCGCUUCUGCAUCGAAGCGUGGAUACCCUAAGCUGUUGGGUCCGUCGGGCAUGAAAAUGGAAGGUCCGUACGAUUGGGUGCCGCCAAAUUACUGGUACGACACGGACGACUCCAAGAACCGUAAGGGCGCUGCUUUUGGCUUCGGUUCAGAGCUUGGUGCCGGUGUGGGCACGCCAGAGAAAGGCAGCCUCCGCAAGUUCCUGUCUUCAAAGGACAUGGACGACCUCUGGAAGGAACCCAAAAAGGGCCUCUACCAUAUGUCCAAUCAAGGAUCGCAAUUCUACACGCGAGAGAUCUACAACGAGGCCUUGGUUAAGAGACAAGGUGGUGCCAGCGGCGGAGGCUCUGCCAUGGCCGACUCGUUGGACGAUUACCUCAUGAAGGCCCAGAUGAUGGAUUACGAGGCGACGCGAGCAGAAUUUGAGGGCUUUGCCGCUCGUUGGAACGCCGAACGACCAGCUACAGGUCUUAUAUACUGGAUGCUCAACAACGCCUGGCCUAGUUUGCACUGGAACUUGUUCGACUACUACCUCCAUCCCGCAGGUUCAUACUUUGGCGCCAAGGUCGGAGCGAGGAUGGAGCAUGUCGCCUACGACUAUGUCAAGGGAUCCGUGUACGUGAUCAACAAAUCCUUGGACAAACGCGGGACACGCAAUGUCGAUGUACAAGUCAUUUCCCUCGAUGGCAAGGUGAUCUCGACAGCAGGGGGCAAGAUCGACACCGAGCCAAACAAGAGCAAGGUUGUCGCGUCACUUGCGAGCGCUGUCCGAGGCGUUAAGGAUGUCGUCUUGGUACGACUAAGGCUGGCGGAUGACAAGAACACCACCCUAAGCCGCAACGUCUACUGGCUUGCCAACGGAAGUGAUACUCUUGACUGGAGCGAAUCCACGUGGUACCACACUCCGGUCACUAAGUAUGCCGACUUUACCGCGCUGAAUAAGAUGAAGCAGGCGGAGCUGCAAGUGUCCACGAAGGCCUCUGUCAAUGGUGGCCGCACCGUUGUUGUCGAGAACAAAUCAACUGUGCCUGCAGUAUUUGUGAGGCUCAACCUCGUCGAUGACAAGGGAGCUGAUGUGAACCCGGUGAUAUGGUCCGACAACUACGUCACUCUCUGGCCGCGGGAGACACUCGAAUUGGAUGUCACAGCAGGCGCAGAUAAAGGAAAGAGUAUUGAGGUCAGCGGCAAGAAUGUAGCGUCGGCGACGGUUGCAUUCAACUGA